UGUCCACCCGCACACACCAAAAGUAGCCAACUUGUCUAAACAUGGUGACACGUCCCGCACAUCUCAUGCCACUGCCAGGUUCAGCGCUGCCCGUGACAAAGCCACAACCAACCACAACUGCCCACCCUUGCCUCACCGUGCCAUCAUGGCUGGAUGGAUGGCCAUACAGCUUUUUGCUAGGUCCAUCACCACCACGUACCACCUUAAGCAUGCAAAUAAAUAGAGCAAGUCACACGGGCAAUAGAUGUCAAAGCACAACGAGCUGUCCCCGUUCACAUUCCCUCCUCGAGCUCCAAUCCCAACUCCGUCAGCGCUUGCGCUGCCAAACCACCCAGCCUUUCCCCCGGGUGCGUCGCGAUCCAUGACUUGAGGGUCAUGCAUGCGCGCACCCGCUCUGCGCCAAGGCGAUGCCGCUGCCAUGUGAUGAGGUUGCGGCCCUGCGAGAACAUCCGCUCGCUAGCCGCAGAGGUGGCGGGGAUGGCUAGGUAGUCCCUGGCCAUCGCCUGCAAGGCUGGCAGAUCGACCCUGCGUCGCCAGUACGCAAGCGGCGAAGCACGCAUGGGGAGGAUCGGCUCAUCGAGGUACACCUGAAUCUCAUCCUUCUGCUCCUGGGACUGCUUGCUGCGGUAGGCAGCCAGAUGGGAUUCAACAAGACCAAAGGACUCACCGGGAAGCGACGCGCAAAGGAGUCAAGAGCAUCGCGCAGUCGGAUCCCACGCACGACCAUCUGGUAGGUCGAUCCCCAGCGCACCUCCAUAUCCUGCUUCAAUUUCACGACCGGCUUGUCAGGGAAAAGGCGCCGCUGUUCGUCCUCGAACAGCGGGGUCUGCUUGGUGGAAUAGCCGAUGAAGCUGGCGUUCUCACGCAGCAGCCCCAGCGGCAGCUUCAGAGCCUCCACCUUCUUCAACGCUUGCUGUAAAGAAAUGUUGCAGAUGUGGGCGAGGCAACUGGUGGAGGGACAGGGGGGAUGUGCGGAGGGCAUGCUUGGCCACCUCAUGGCCGCGGUGUUGGUGGCGGCGUUAUCGGUAGUCACAGCCAUGCAACGCCCGGUCAGCCCCCAAUCCCGCACCACCGCCUCCAGCACCUGAGCCACUACAGACGCCGUGUGGCUUGGCGGUAGUGCUAUGAACUCCAGCAGUCCCUGGCGGAGCUCGAACUCUGCCGUCAGCCAGUGGGCUGUAACCGCCAUGUAACCACGGUUGUUCUCACCCGUCCAGAUGUCUGUGGUCAAGCUGACCUUGCCCACGCCUCUGGACGGUGAGAGCUCGUCCUUGAGAA